GGAAAAUAAACAAACCCUGAAUCCGUUUCUGUACAGGCUGAAAAUGGCAGCCACGGGAGCCGGGUCUCCUAGCCGGUUAGUCCAGUAUGUUGUUGUCCGGUCGGAUCUGGUUCACAAGCUGUCUUGGCCCCUGGGAGCCGUUAUAACUCAGGCCUGUCAUGCUGCCACCGCUGCCAUUCACCUUCAUUACGGAGACCCGGACACACAGCAGUACCUGGCAGAGCUGGACGCCAUGCAUAAAGUGGUGCUUGGGGCUCCAGACGAGGCCGCCCUCUCCGGUCUAUCAGAGAAUCUAACACAGGCCGGUGUGGCCCACAAGCUUUGGAUUGAACAACCAGAGGACAUCCCCACCUGCUUGGCCCUGAAGCCAUAUCCAAAAGAGACUGUCCAGCCGCUGCUGCGCAAGUUCAAACUCUUCAAAUGACGGCCUUGACAGACAUCAUCCAUCUAUGAACUCUACAGUGCAUGUCCGCAGAGAGGAAGCCUCACAGGCAUUUCAGUAUCUAAUUUCAUCUAUAAAAGGAGGACACCUGAAAGUUGUGCUCUUACUGAGGGCGCCACAGCAUUUGUCAGGGCAUCCAAACACCUGUAACUUCCCAGAUUAAAGUUGAGAAACAUGA